GGUGCGUGAUAUGAGCGCAUCGAUCAGCAGCCACGCUCUCCGCCUGCGUGUUUACUGGAGGGAGGUGCCACCGGACACACACGGCUAAUAAAUAGGCACGACACUCCUGAAAACCCAUCACGAUCAAAAAGAGAGAAAAAAAACCCCAACAACAACAAAAAACCCAUCAAAGGUCCCAUUGUGUGUUGGUGCGUCUGCUGAAGCUCCACAAUGCGCGUGCUUAUUUGGCGUCUUCUCCUCCUCGCAUCGGUUUGGAGCACGUGCACCGGUGUAGCAAAUUGGUGCUACCAGUCCCAGGUGGCCUGUAAUUCAUCCUGCAAAGGACCAGAUUCUUGGCAUGACGUGCAUGAAGACUGCACCAAGGACAAACAGUCACCUAUCAACAUAGUGACCAGGAAAACCAAGCUGGACCACAAACUCACUCCGCUCAUAUUCAGAGGCUACCAAGAGGUCUUCAGUGGCAACCUGAAAAACAAUGGACACUCUGUGAAGGUAUCUGUGCCGCAUCUGGCCAAUGUGAGUGGGGGGGACCUCAGAGCCACUUACAAAGCUGUGCAGUUUCACUUCCACUGGGGAGAACAAGGAGGCCCCGGGUCUGAACACACUAUCGAUGGAGAGCAGUACCCCAUGGAGAUGCAUAUUGUUCAUAUGAGGCAGGAUUUUAAAUCAUUGGAAGAAGCUCUGAAGGACAAAACUGGAGUGGCGGUGCUGGGAUUCUUUUAUGAGGAAUCAAGGAGUGCAAACAGAAAGUAUGACAAACUCAUACAAGCUUUAACAAAAGUGGAACAUCCUGAUACAAAUACAACGCUCAGCGAUAUCUCCCUGAGCAGUCUAAUAUCCAGUGAGGAGAACAUGACCAAGUAUUAUCGUUAUGAAGGCUCUCUGACCACCCCUUCCUGCACUGAAUCAGUGGUAUGGACUGUAUUUGAACAUCCCAUCCCACUGAGCAAAGAGCAGCUCUCAGCAUUCUCCUCCUUGAAGUUCACGGAUGGUAAGCCCAUGAUAAAAACCUUCAGACCAGUGCAACCAUACAAGGGCCGUAUUGUGCACCGCUCCGGCAGCACUGUAGUCAUGAUCAGCUUCACCCUUCUCCUGGUGUGUUCAGCUCUGGGCCUUUCCCAGCUCUACUAGAGGAUGAGCCAUACCCCAAUCCAGCAACAACACACACAGAAUCGAAAAGCCAAAUGGAUUGACAGACACGUCUACAUGUGCAUUUCACAAUGAAUGCACUUAUGUUUUGGCCUCCAUCUCGGAGGUGAGACUUCAUUUUCACAUAGGCGCAUAACAUACUGGUAUUUUGGAUGGCUUCUCUGGAACUGUGUUCAUUGCUAUCAAUAGAAACCCAGCUAAGUCCUCUGGAGAGAGACAGAGAGGUUAUGAAUGCAUGGCCUUUAUCUAUUUGAGGCACAGCCAAACUGGAGCCUCAUGCACACACACACAUGCACGAGCAGUCAGCAUGUGGACAUUUGUCUGUCAACAUAGAGCAAUGAUAUUAUUUAUAGGUUAGAUUUGUACGCACACACACACACAGAGCUGAAGAAUGACGAACACCCCACUGGGAUGUUCUGAGUUUUAGUGUCAUUUCUGAACCGAGCAACAUCAUGAAUUACAGGUCACAGAUCAAAACAAUGAUGCAGGCCAUAAUGGGGAAAACUAUUACAGUCACGUACACACGAUAUACAGUGCCCUCCACUAAUAUUGGCAACCUUGGUAAAUAUAUGAGCAAAUAAUGGUCUCAGAUCCCUUGCCAUGUAUUCUCCAACCUCAUCAGGCAUUAUAGGAGAAGAUUCAGAGCUGAUAUCUUGGCAAAGGGAGGUAGCACAAAGUAUUGACUAAAAGGGCGCCAAUAAUUGUUGCACACAUAUAUUUAGGUUAUAAGAGGUUUUUUGAUUUGCAAUUGUUUGAUAUCCAUGAGAACAGAAUAUUUUUGUGAAUUUUUUUAACAAAAUAUCACAAUCUUAAACAAUAAAGACAAUUUUUCACAGCCUUCUUGGCUCAUAUUUACCAACCGUGCCAAUAUUAAUGGACAGCAUUGUAUAUACAGUCCCCUUCUGAAACUAUCGGAAUGGCAAGGCCAAUUAACUUGUUUUUGCUAUACACCAAAGACAUUUGGGUUUGAGAUGAAAAGAUGAAUAUGAGACGAGAGUCAUCAACUAUUGUUUUCCUUGGCUGACCCAUAUGGUGUCUGUUGCUCAGUACACCAGUGGUUUCUUUCUUUUUCUGGACAUUCCUAAUUGGCUAUGCCCAAUGCCUCUGAUUGAUUUUCCCUCUUGUGUCAGCUUUAAAUGGCUCAAUUUUCUCCCCUAGACAGCUCUCUGAUCUUCAUGUUGGCUUAUCCUUUUUACCCCAAAUGCAUUCUUCACCAAGAGUAGAUGUUCAGAGCUAUUCAUUAUUUACACAAUCAAUCAACCAGGACACACCUGGGUAACAAGAAAUGCCUGUCAGUCACAUGUUCCAAUAUUUUUGCUCACCUACAAAUUGGGUGGUCUGAUACAAAAUGUGCUACGUUCUAUGUUGUUUAACACAUCUACAUUUAAAUACCAGGAAAUAAAAACUGAAAUUCUAAACUCUCUUCUCGUGUUCAUCUUUUGAUCUCAAACCAUUUGGGUCUUCAGUAUACAGCAAAAACAAAUAAGUUGGCGUUUCUUUUCCAGUAGUUUCGGAGGGGACUGUAAGGAAUUUUCUUUGCGCAAGACUUCAGAACAGCAUUCUGACCAAAAAAAGAAAAACUUAAAAAAUUCAAAGCAUUUCCUGAAAAGCUGAAAUUAUUACAAGCUAUAAUUAGAUUCCCAUGGGUUUUUUUUAUUGUUUGUUUUUUAAAAAUUAUUUUUACAGUAAUUAUUUUAGUGAUCAUCUAUCUUAGGAUGGCACGUAAGUCUUAAAAAACCCAAACAUUUCCUCAGUGUCAUGACAGAAAGUGGUGUCAUUAGCAUGUCAUAUUUUGACAUUUUUAGCAUUGUGAACAGCAAUUUCAUUAGGACGUAAGGCCGUCAGAAACUGUAGAUGCCAACACCCAAGUCAUUUACUUCCUCAUAGACAUUGCACCAACAAGCAAAGGAACUCUGGAUUCAGCCGUUUUUAUAAUACCUCUAUUUGUUAUAGCCAGUUCAGCUCAGUAACAUCAGAACUGAAUUAUCUCUAAACCUGAAAUAACAGCAAGCCAGUUAGACAACUCAGCAGCUAGAUAAUAUAGCUAAUCUUAACUUGUCCAACUAGCAAGAUGGCUAGAAACAAUUUGCAAUAUUGCUACUAUAUAUCAACUGUCAUUUAGCAAGACCAGCCCAGGCACUAAUUCAAACCAGCUAAUGCUACUAGCAAACAUUUAGGUAUUGAUUCAAACCUGACAAUACAUCACCUCAAGAGUUUUUACCGAGCAGCAUAGUCCAAAUCUACCACAAGUGUUCUGUCCCUAAUGUGGCAUACAGUCACUUUUUAGAUUCCAAGCUGAAGAGAUUCUACUUUUUAGAUGGUAGUUGGAGAUCAUAAGGCACCACAGCAGUUUUUUUACCAUUGUGGAAAUAACUUUCAACGCUAUCAAAAAACGCCACAGUGUGGUCUUGUUAGCUUCUUAGAUGAAAGGAGGUCAGCUAAAAAUAACCAAAAGUGGUGCAAGUGUUACAAAAAAAAAUCAUAAACCGAGUCAUGGAUCAAGACUGGAAAAUAUAAUAAUACUAAUUAUGUUAAAAUAUAGUAAAAUACAAUUAUAUUAAAUGGUAAAUGGCACACUUAUAUAGUGCUUUUAUCCAAAGCGCUUUACACUGUGUCUCAUUAACCCAUUCAUACACACACACCCCUGGGAGCAGAGCUGCCAUGCAAGGCGCUAACUUGCCAUCGGGAGCAAUAACAUAUAAUACGAUUAUAUAAACAGCCACAAUAACCACAUUUCUUAUUUUAUUGUCUCUCAUAGAGGGUCUUCAUACUUCUCAGUAGCAUCUGUAUAAAUUGAAAUUAUUUAUAAUCAUUCUUAACAAGUACAGAUGUUCAAAGUAUUACUCAGAAUCAUCACCCAUUGAGCCAGAUAUUAAUUUUAGGAAUGGUCCGAUCCUAACUCCAAUUUUCUACAUUUGCGUCUAUGAAUAUUUCCUCAGACAGCUGAUGCAUUUUAAUUUUGAAGCUGUUUUGCUACUAAUCCCCGAAGCUUCAUCAGACCUACUACUGCAAUAGACUUUGCACAUCUAAUGGUCUCUCUUCCAGAGUGAAGUGGCUGAUUUAUUUACAUGACCACAUGAUAGGAUUACAUGAGCAGUGUUCAUGUUCAUGUUUCUGCAGGUCUCAGAAGCCCUGAAUGUGAUUGUAUAGUGAAUCUUUUGGGAAAAAUAUUUAAUUGCUAGGAUUUGUAGGAAAAAGGGCAUAGAAGACCAAAGCAUGAGUAUGAUAUAAAGACACACAUAAUUCUUGUUUCUUUUUCUAUUGUGUUAUUUGUACACCUUUAAUGUAUUUAUUUUUGUGUAUGUUAAUAUGUAGAGCACUGUUCUAAUCGGUGAUGUUAUUUGUACCAAUGUCUGAGCAUUUUCGACAAAGUUCAGUAAAUCCUAUGGAAAUUGAGGAAAAUUGAAAAUGUGAUUGCUGUUUUGUGAUUUAGUUCACGCAAGAUUUUGAAUGAUAUUCUCUGUAAAUGUGUAUUUAAAUAUAUAAAGUGAUUAUAUAUAAUGCUGAUUAUUAAGAAGAGAUAUAUGAAAAAUGAAAAUGAAACAGAGUUCUGAAUUCAAUAAUGGA